UCCCUGAGAGAGGGUCAAGUCCCUGCCCUGGCUGUGGCCCAGGGUUCUAGAGUUGGUGCUGGACAGAGCCAGGUGGGAGGCCCAGCCUCCUUCAACUCUGGACUCUGCCCAGGGAUUUCCAGUGAAAUGAGAGGACCGGCCAAAGCCCAAGCAGGUUGGAUCCAGCCCAUCUCCGUGGAAACACGCACUUCCGUCUGUCCCCCAGAGAGACUUGUUGACCACAAAUAUCUGCAAGAUCUGGCACAUGGAGGACGACACACCAAGAGGAAGAGAGUCCAUCUCUCUUGCCUCAGUGGCCAACGGUUUGGACAACAGGGGUGCUGAGCUGUUGGAAAGUCUGGAGGAAGGCCGAGACCCUGGCAGCAACUCAAGCCCUUCGGAAGUUGGGAACAGCUGGAGCAAGGCUGGCCCGGAGCCCUCCUCGGGAUGGAGAAGGAGGCUGCAACCAGCCCCAAGAGUGAGACACUUCUGCAGGGAGCAUGCACAGCUGUUCCAGUGGAUCUGCAUAGGCCUGCUCUGCACUGCAUACACUGCCUUCCUGCUGGCCGCCUGCAUCCUGAAUUUCCAGAGGGCCCUGGCACUGUUCGUCCUCACCUGUGUGGUCCUCGUCUUCCUGGCCCACAGCCUGCUCAAGAGGCUGCUGGGGCCAACGCUGCUGAGGUGUGUCAAACCUCUAGGGCAUCCCUGCCUGAAACUCUGGUUUAAGAGGGGUCUAGCCCUUGCUGCUUUGCUGGGCCUGGUUUUGUGGCUGGCUCUGGACACCUCUCAGCGGCCUGAGCAGCUGGUGUCCUUUGGCGGAAUCUGCGUGUUCAUUGGCCUGCUCUUUGCCCUCUCGAAGCAUCACCGCGCAGUGUCCUGGCGGGCUGUGUUCUGGGGUCUUGGACUGCAAUUUGUACUAGGACUCGUCGUCAUCAGAACAGAACCGGGGUUCAUUGCAUUUCAGUGGCUGGGCGACCAGAUCCAGAUAUUCCUGAGCUACACUGAGUCCGGCUCCAGCUUCGUGUUUGGGGAGGCUCUGGUCAAGGACGUCUUUGCCUUUCAGGUUUUGCCCAUCAUUGUUUUCUUUAGCUGCGCCAUGUCAGUUCUCUACUACGUGGGCCUCAUGCAGUGGGUGAUCAUGAAGAUCUCUUGGCUGAUGCAGAUCACCAUGGGCACCACGGCCACAGAGACCCUGAGUGUGGCUGGGAACAUCUUUGUGAGCCAGACUGAGGCUCCUCUACUCAUCCGACCCUACUUGGCAGACAUGACACUCUCUGAAAUCCACGUUGUCAUGACCGGAGGCUACGCCACCAUUGCCGGCAGCCUGCUGGGCGCUUAUAUCUCCUUUGGGAUCGACGCUGCCUCCCUAAUUGCGGCCUCCGUGAUGGCUGCUCCUUGUGCUUUAGCCCUCUCCAAGCUGGUCUACCCAGAGGUGGAGGAGUCCAAGUUCAGAAGCGAGGAAGGUGUGAAAUUGACCUACGGAGAUGCUCAAAACCUCUUAGAAGCAGCUAGCAGUGGGGCUGCCUUGUCUGUGAAGGUCGUGACCAACAUCGCGGCCAACCUGAUUGCCUUUCUGGCUGUGCUGGACUUCAUCAAUGCUGCCCUCUCCUGGCUGGGAAACAUGGUGGACAUCCAGGGGCUCAGUUUCCAGCUCAUCUGCUCCUACAUCCUGCGGCCAGUGGCCUUCCUGAUGGGCGUGGCCUGGGAGGACUGCUCGGUGGUGGCAGAGCUGCUGGGGAUGAAGCUGUUUCUGAACGAGUUCGUGGCCUAUCAGGGGCUCUCCGAGUACAAGCAGCGCCGCCUCGCGGGCACUGAGGAGUGGGUUGGCUCCAAAAAGCAGUGGAUCUCCGUCAGAGCAGAAAUCCUCACAACGUUUGCCCUCUGUGGAUUCGCCAACUUCAGCUCCAUUGGGAUCAUGCUGGGAGGACUGACCUCCAUGGCUCCCCAGCGGAAGAGCGACUUCUCCCAGGUCGUGCUCCGGGCGCUCUGCACGGGGGCCUGUGUGUCUCUGGUGAAUGCCUGUGUGGCUGGGAUCCUCUACAUGCCCAGGGGCCCUGCGGUGGACUGUGUGUCCCUCCUGAACACCACCCUCAACAGCAGCAGCUUUGAGGUGUACCAGUGCUGCCACCAGGCCUUCCAGAGCACCAGCCCGGAGUUCAGCCUAGAGGCCCUGGACAACUGCUGUCGGUUCUAUAAUCACACGAUCUGUGCGUAGCAGGGACAGAACGUCUCUGUGUCUUCCAGGCGUUAUUCUCUCCCAAGAAGCAGAGCCACCAUCCUUCUCUCUCCAGGCCCCAGUAUCCUGGGGGAAGCCACAGGGCUUAGACCACCUCAGACACAAAUCAGGAAGGGUGACCAGGGACUGGGCGGAAUGAUGGAUGCCCCCACCCUUCACCCCGUUUCUGCUCUCGCAUUUCCUCCCUCCUCAAAUAUGAAUGCUCAGGGUCGCUCUGCCUCCACUCUCUUCUCUGUGCCCCCUGCCCUGGGUCUCCCCUGUUUGUGCUCCCCUUCUGCUCCGGGGCCCUUGGCCCUGGCAUAUCCGCCACCUCUUUCCCUUCCCUUCUCUCUGGGCAUGGGAAUCGCGCUGUGGCUUAACCCCUGCCCCAUGGCUUCUCCUGGAGACGCUUUCCUCCACUUUCGUAGCCUUCCCUACUGCCCUCCCACACAGCACUUUCAGACUGGUGGCCUGUGUAGCACCGUCCCCCAAGGUAGGCAGAGGUUUCCAUGAUCCACUAGGUUUGGGAAACACUGGGCUAAAUAAAGUUAGGGUUUUUGUGUG